AUGCCUACUACACUACUGCUCACUCCCUCACCCUAUGAUCCAUCCCUGCGCGGCCCGCCCCGUUUCCCUGGUCCCUGGGUGUCUAGACUACACCCAGCCAUCUCCGCAGCCACUCGCGCCCACAUCACCACCGAGAAGCUGAAGAGUUGUACCGCGACCAGAAUCCUCCAAUCACAACCCCAAGACGCCCUCCCAAGGACAAAAAACUAUCAUUUCGAUUUCCUUCCCCACCAGCCCUACUUCGGCCGUGAUGCGUCUCUCGGUCCCGAUGGCAGACGCAGACGGGGCGCCACCGCAAAGCCUCUCGGCUGCAUGUAUGUGAUACGGAUACCAGCCCGAGGAAGGCCUGUCGACCAUUUUCAUGUCAGCGUCUCGGCCUCUUUGAUAGGCGAGGCGGACGGUCUUCAUCCACACAGGGUUGCUGCUGAAGCCAUUGUGUAA